AUGAAGAAAUCAUUCAGGUAUCAGAAAUUGCCGCAGGGCCCCGCGGCCGGCGGCGCCGGCCCAUGGAGGGGGUGGCGCUGGCCCCAGCUGCUGGCGCUCGGCUUGCUCGUGCCUCUCGCCCUCGCCUGGGAAAGCGGCGACUUGGAACUCUUCGACCUCGUGGAGGAGGUCCCGCAAAACUUCUACGCUUUCCUCGGCGUCGAGCAGGAUGCUUCAUCGGCAGAUAUUAGGAAAGCUUAUCGUAAGCUUUCACUGAUAUUGCAUCCGGACAAGAAUAAACAUGAAAAUGCAGAAACCCAGUUUAGACAAUUGGUGGCCAUAUAUGAGGUUUUAAAGGAUGAAGAGAGAAGGCGUAGGUAUGAUGAUAUUCUGAUCAAUGGGCUACCAGAUUGGCGACAGCCUGUAUUUUAUUACAGGCGAGUGAGGAAAAUGAGCAAUGAAGAAUUGGCAUUACUUCUGCUCAUUAUCCUCACAGUAGGACAUUAUGCUGUGGUUUGGUCUAUCUACCUGGAAAAACAACUGGAUGAACUUCUUAGUAGAAAAAAAAGGGAGAAGAAAAAAAGGACUGGAGGAAAGAAUAGCGAUGAAGUGAAACCUGGUGUAGAGAAGAAUGAAAGACUUCUAGAAAAACCACAGUGGCGGGACCUACUUCCAUGUAAGGUGGGAAUAUGGUUCUACACGACAGUAAAAGCAUUGCCUCAAUUAUUUCAGGAGGCCAGGCAACUCUACGUAGAAUAUAAAGAAACAAAAAUAAAAGAGAAAGAAGAGGCUUUGGCAAGAGCUGAACUGGAAACACUUCAGAAGGAAAAGAAACCUAAAAUCAAGAAACCAAAAUCUGAAUUUCCUGCAUACACUGUGGCGGAAACAAAUGCAUUUAUACCAUCAUAUGAUCAUGGAACUUCUAUUGAAGAAAUUGAGGAACAGAUGGAUGAUUGGUUAGAAGAUAGGAACAAAUCACUCAAAAAAAAGGCCCCUGAAUGGAUGGAAGAGGACCUUAGCCAACUGACAAGAAGUAUGGUUAAGUUCCCGGGGGGGACGCCUGGUCGAUGGGAAAAGAUUGCUCACGAAUUGGGUCGAUCAGUGGCAGAUGUGAGUUCACUCAAAUUUGCAUUGUAUGGACAAACCAGCACAAGGCAAGCAGUACAGAAGGCCGACAUAGACAUUGUCUUUUGAUGGAGAGUACAAUCCUUUUAGGACCUGGAAGUGAAGCAUUAGCUAACUGAGUAAGAAGCAGAUGUCAGCUGGUCUCCCCUCUCCACAAUUAACAGCUGUAACUGAUCAGCUAUAUGGGGAUUCUAGUGCUUAGAGACUUAAGCUACUGUAACCUGAUAACAGAAAAACAAUGCUGGUU